UUGUAAUUUAGCUAAUUAAAAAAGGAAUUCUACCGAGUUGAAAUUUGUGCUGGACUGCUUACACUUGUUUGAAAGAGAACUUUUCUCAGACCCUGACAACAAAUGCCCUCCAUAACAGGUCAACAAUAAUGCGUUGAUCAAUUACGCUCUGCGCAUUCCACACUGCUUCGAUUUCAUGAUCGAGAAAUUCUCGACCAAAAAGUUCUGCUGCUGCUGCUGCUGCUGGAAUGGCAUGGUUUCAUUUGAAGUUUUGAUUGAUAUGAGAUGAUGCCACCUAAGCAGCACCAAACCCUAAGAGAUUCUGACAAUCCGUAGGGGUUUAAUACUUUGAUUGAUAGUUGGUGAAUGAUUAUCUAUAGGGCAUCCACAAUUUGUUUGAACUCUGGUUUGCUGUUUAGGGGGUAAAUGAGGAGGGGUAGGUGAGAUGAGGGAUGUUUUCGUGGUUGAUGAAAGUGGUGGCGGCAUGCUGGCGGCCUGUCCGGCAGUAUGCGCGAAUGAAUGAGGAUGAGGGCGGUCACAAUGACGAGCUGCUGUGGUACAAAGACAUUUGCCAGCAUGCCUGUGGAGAAUUCUCCUUUGCGGUUGUGCAGGCGAAUGCACUGGUGGAGGAUCAAAGCCAGGUCGAGACAGGCCCGCACGGCACUUUUGUUGGCAUUUAUGACGGCCAUGGCGGACCCGAAGCCUCCCGCUUUGUCAGCGAUCAUCUGUUCCUGCAUCUCAUGAGGUUUGCAAGGGAGGAGGGGCGCAUGUCAGAUGAGGUUCUUAGGAGGUCAUUUAAUGCAACUGAAGAAGGAUUUCUUGCACAUGUAACUAGAUCAUGGAAAACAAAACCAUUGAUUGCCGCAGUUGGAUCAUGCUGCUUGGUUGGAGUUAUAUGGGGUGAAAAGCUGUUUGUUGCCAAUGUUGGGGAUUCUCGGGCUGUUAUGGGAAGUUUGGGAAGGUCUAAUAAGAAGAUAACAGCUGAGCAGCUUACCAGGGACCAUAAUGCCAGCGUUGAGGAGGUCAGACAGGAGUUGAAAGCUCUUCAUCCUGAUGAUUCCCGAAUUGUUGUUAAUAAGCAUGGUGUGUGGCGUGUCAAAGGCAUUAUUCAGGUUUCAAGGUCUAUAGGGGAUGUGUAUCUGAAGAAGCCAGAGUUCAACCUGGGCCCUGUUUACACAAGAUUUCAGCUUUCAGAACCACUUCAUAGGCCUGUCUUAACAGCAGAUCCUUCUAUUUACACUUUAACACUAAAUCCUCAAGACAAAUUUUUGAUCUUUGCAUCAGAUGGUCUUUGGGAGCAUCUUACUAAUCAGCAAGCUGUUGAGAUAGUUUAUAAUUAUCCACGAGCGGUAAUACCCUUUGCUUAUUCAGGGAUUGCAAGGAGACUUGUUAGAGCAGCUCUACAAGAGGCAGCCAAAAAACGUGAAAUGCGAUAUUCUGAUCUUAAGAAAAUUGAACGAGGCAUCAGAAGGCACUUUCACGAUGAUAUAAGUGUCGUCGUCAUAUUCUUAGACCAUGAGUUGAUUGGCAAGAAUUCAAAUACUCCACCAUUAUCUGUGAAAGGUGGUAUUGAUGUAGUUGUUCCUUCAGAUUUUUCUGUUUUAGACGGACUCGACGUGAAUCACAAUUUGGUACCCUAAAAUCUGUUGGUGAGAUAUUUUCUUUAGCUUGCCUCUUGUACUUUGCCCUUAUUGGUUAGAUUUUUAACUUUUUUCUAUUCCCUGCCUAACAUUCUGUUGUUAAUGUGCUGCUUUGAUUUGGUGCCGAUUUGUGAACCUCGCAGAGUGUUAUAAUAUUUUCUUAAAUCCUUUAUUGUUAUUGACAAGAAUGGACUGCUAAUCAAGCCGUCUUCUUGUCCAAUCCAAACUAAUGUUAAUGAAUUCAAUAUUAAGUAUUUAACAUUGAAAACCGGCAAAAGCCAGUACUAUUUAUUGUUACUUGUACUAGCUCAGCUAACAUAGCUAUUCUCCUGAGUGUCAGUCAUACAAAUAAUAUUGUCAAGGGUGUCCUUUACUUUUUUUGUAUUGACAGAUGGUAGCAUCUUCUAUGCCUUUGAUGGACGAUUGUGUUCUUUUGCAAUGCCAAUUGAACUCAGAAAGAAGACUCUUGAAAGUAGGAGUCUGUAUUUAACAAGUGAAGGAUCUGUUGAAUCUAUUUCAUUGUCUUCUUCAUAUUCCAUUGGACAUGAGAUCAAUGUGUGAACUUAAAAAGACUAAUCUUUGCAGAUUGUGUUUCA